GUAGGGGGCUGGCUGCUUGGGAGGGAGCUGAGGGGGGAUUUCAGCGGGUGUCAUUUACAAGGGACUGAGGUGACCGCAGGCGGCAGCGAGGGAAAAGAGGGGGCGUUGGGCUGCUCCUCUCUGCUGGGCACUGCUGCUCCGGUGGAUGUUUCCCUGUUGUUUGGUGCAUGAUUUAGAGAAGAGGAGGAGUUGGAACUAGAGGGUGUCAGAGGCAGGAGAUAGUGGGGUUGCGCUGCUGCCACCGCCGCCGGUGGGGGCCCUUUCUCUGCCUCUGCUCGCUGGGUGUAGCAUCUAGCGCUCUCCCGGCGUCGGCUGGGCUGUCCCCGGGUGGGGGCUCGCAGGCAGAGGGCGCGUGCCUCCCUCGCUCCGCGGUGCGGGGUGUGAGUGUGUGUGAGUGUGAGUGAGAGUUUUCGGGGGGUGGGGGUUGUGUCUGAACCAGUUAGGAAGAAUGACUCUGGAGUCCAUCAUGGCGUGCUGCCUGAGCGAGGAAGCCAAGGAAGCCAGGCGUAUCAACGAUGAGAUCGAGAGGCAGCUCCGCCGGGACAAGCGGGACGCCCGCCGGGAGCUCAAGCUGCUGCUGCUGGGUACUGGAGAAAGUGGCAAAAGCACAUUCAUCAAACAGAUGAGAAUCAUCCAUGGAUCAGGAUACUCUGAUGAAGACAAACGGGGCUUCACAAAACUUGUGUAUCAGAAUAUAUUUACAGCAAUGAAAGCUAUGAUCAGAGCUAUGGAUACACUCAAAAUCCCAUACAAAUAUGAACACAAUAAGGCCCAUGCACAGUUAGUUCGAGAAGUUGAUAUAGAGAAGGUGUCAGCAUUUGAAAAUCCCUACGUAGAUGCAAUAAAGAGUUUAUGGAAUGACCCUGGAAUCCAAGAGUGUUAUGACCGACGACGGGAGUAUCAGCUAUCGGACUCAACUAAAUACUAUCUCAACGACCUGGACCGUAUAGCAGAACCUGCCUAUCUGCCCACCCAACAAGACGUGCUUAGAGUUCGAGUCCCAACAACAGGGAUAAUUGAAUAUCCAUUUGACUUACAAAGCGUCAUUUUCAGAAUGGUGGAUGUGGGAGGCCAACGAUCAGAAAGAAGAAAAUGGAUACAUUGCUUUGAAAAUGUCACAUCUAUCAUGUUUCUAGUAGCCCUCAGUGAAUAUGACCAAGUACUCGUGGAGUCGGACAAUGAGAACCGAAUGGAGGAAAGCAAAGCACUGUUUAGGACAAUUAUCACAUAUCCAUGGUUUCAGAACUCUUCCGUCAUUCUGUUCUUAAAUAAAAAAGAUCUUCUAGAGGAGAAAAUUAUGUACUCCCAUCUAGUUGACUAUUUCCCAGAGUAUGAUGGACCACAACGAGAUGCACAGGCAGCACGAGAGUUCAUUUUGAAGAUGUUCGUAGAUCUGAAUCCAGACAGUGACAAAAUUAUCUACUCCCACUUCACGUGCGCUACAGACACAGAGAAUAUCCGCUUCGUCUUUGCUGCUGUCAAGGACACUAUUCUACAGUUAAACCUGAAGGAGUACAACCUGGUCUAACUGUGCCUAGUAGCCCCCCAAAAUUCCCUUUGGGCAAUUGAAGAUGUACAAGAGGGACUGUAUUAUCUGUGAAAACGACUUGCAUAAUACUAAUUUAUUGCCGGCCUGGACUCUGUGAAUGGUCACAGAGUUUGUAGUAAAUAUUAUGAUUUUAUUUAAACUAUAUUGAGGAAAAACAAAAGAUGCUGAAAUACAUUCACAGCAUGUUUCCUCAUUUUUUAGGCAAAACCUUGUGACUCAAUGUAUUUUAAAUUCUCAGUCAUGCACUCGCAAAGGAUGGGGGGGUUUCUAUUGAGGGAAAAUCAAACUGGCUUCCCCUUUCCAUUGGUUUUUUUUUUCAUCCUCACUCUCUACCCCUUCCUACGCUACAUUUUAUUAUUGUUUUCAAAGGUACAAUGGCCUUUUUUUCCUAGUUGCAUUCCUUGAUAAACUGUUUUCUCUACAGUGAUCUGAUCAGGAAAAUAUUAUCAUCACAAUUUAAGCCAUCAGUCAUUCUUAUGUUACAGUAUUUACUUUUUCUAAAAAAUUAAAAGUAUUGAUACUGCGAUUUUAAAAUUCUUGACAUGGAUAUUUUGCAAACUGUCUUCAUGCUGUGGGCUAGAAUACUGGGAUCACAAAUAGCAGUUGUGGUAACAUGGAUUUUAACUUUAGCUAUAACAUGGCACAUCAAAAUGAUGCAUAGAAGGCAGUAAUGAAAUGACUAAGGCAAAAUGGCAAUGUGAAAUAUGACAAUUGAUUUUAAUUGCUCUGUGCCAUUUCUUUUCUUUUCUUUUCUUUUCUUUUCUUUUCUUUUCUUUUCAAUCACAGAUGCCAAACAAAAAUGCCAUAGACACUACGUUUUCCCUAGUAGCUACAGCCUGAAAUAUUGUUUUUUCAAGUUGGUUUUAUUUGUUUUACUUUUUUGUUUUGUUUUGUUUGUUUUAGUUAGAGCUUUUAAAAUAUUUUGACCACAACUUUAACAUAUUUUAUUGUAUUAAAAUCAUGUUGCCAAACCUGGCUUUUUAUAAAACUAAUAGCUUUGAAAUGUAAGAUACUAAUUCAAAUGCCAAAUUGAUUCAUUGGGAAAUGGCCUGAUUGAGGCAACUGCCAAAUGAUAAAAAAAUUAAUGUUUUAGCUCAGAUGUUCCCUUUGUUAAGGAAGUAUUCCAUUUUCAAUGCCAAAAACAGCAGCAUGAGUGAAAAUGCUGUUAAGUGCAUCAUGCACGUGCAUAUUUUCUAUGCUAAUUUAAAGACAAUUUUAGUCUGUCCUUAUCUCAAAGAUAGUAUGAGAAUACAAAGGACAUUUUCUGCAGUAAUAUCAAGGCACCUUUAGUUGUGAAACAUGAAAUUACUAAUGAGUAAUAAUCACAUUCAGAAACCUGUCUUGAUACAAUUGCUUAUUAAUUGAUAAACAGAUAUCUAAUAGGCUUAAUACAAAGUAGCCUCUCUGUGUUCCAUAGAAAGAUUUAUUAAUGUAAACACAAGAGCAAAAACCUUACUUUUGAACUCUAAAUGUGCAAUUUUUUAAAACAAGAACAAAAACAGCACACACAUUUAUGGGCCUCAUUCUGCAGGUUGGGGUGAAAAAAAAUGUAACCAGUCAUAUGAUCACUAGAGAGCUGCAGAGAACUCAAGAGGUCUGACAUCAGUUGGACUGAUUAUCUGCAAUACCAUGCAGCACUAGAGUGCACUUAUGUAGAAAUUGCUUCUUCAGAACAGUGAUUGGAGGGGGGUAGGGAGGGGGGGAGAAUGGCUUACUAGUUGAGUACCAAAGUUAACAAUAAAUACUAAUGAAAUGUGGUUCAUCUUUAAUCCCUCCCAGCCCCAAAACAACAAUAACAAAAGUUGUAUUUUUUUCUCUCUCAUGAGACACCAUGUAAAAACUGGUUGUAGGUAUAGUGCAAUUAUGAAAGCUAUAAUCAUUGUACAUACACACACACACACACACACACACACAGACAGGUGUGUGUGGCAACAUCCAUACUGGCUUUGUAAUCAUUAAUUUUUUGGCAGAUUGAAUGUGCUGUAUUGAUAUGUAUCUAUGUAAUUGUAUUGUAUGUCUUAUAGCUAAUUCACAUUUUAAAUAAUGUUAUUUUAUUUACUUUUUUAAGAGAGAAGAAUGUAAAUUUUGUCAGUUUAUUUCUGACUAGGGAUUUUUUUAUUUACAAAACAAAAUACUUUACUAUAGUACAGAGCGGUACUAGCAUCAUGCUGUAUAAAACCAUUUGCACAUUCCUGAGUAGAAAGAAAUUGAAAACAACACCCAGAGGUCACACUCUCAAAAUAAUGCUUGAGUUUUGACAGGGCUUUGUAUAGAUGUAGAAACCACCUGUUAGAAGAUCUUUUGCCAUAUGACCUAGGAUUGGAAUGUGAGCUCUUUAAUAUGAAUUUUUUGGCAAAUGCGCAGCAGGUUAGUCUUACCUCUCUGAUAGCUUUUAUUAGAAAAGUGGAUUUAGAAGCUAUUGUAGCCUAUUGUACAAAUGUACUAACAGUUAUAUAUCACCACUUCCCUAAAAUAUGAAAAAGCAUAAUAGAGAACUCCAAUGGGAUAGUGUUUGAAAGGUUAUGAAAAUCUUAAAUGUAACAAAACAAAAAAGUCACCAGUGUCCAGUGAGUCAAGGUAUUUUAUUUAUAAAUAAAGCUACAGCAGGUAGAUACCGCAUAUAAAAAGUGACACUGAAGUUCUAAAUGGACAAUCAGAAGUUAGUUUUGUUAUACAGUAUACGGCAUUAUAAAAUUGUUCUUUAAUUUUCUAUAAACACAAUUGAGUUUCUGUUUCCAUUGUUGAUUCUGGGGUACAUGAUAAUAUCCCUUCUUUUAAGAUAGGAAUAGAAUGACAAUCCCAGAUUUGGUGAUCUAAAUGGAAUUGUAGGAAAUAGAGACCACGAGAGCCUAAAAGAGGUCUUAUUGUGCUUGUUUUGUUUAUGGAUUUUUUUUCCAAGGGCUUGGGCUGGAGUGGGAGGGAAGAGUUGAUUCUAAGUUUUGUAUAAAACCAAACCCUCCCCCCACAACCAAAAAAACCCACAAAAGUUUACUUUGUAGUUAUAUUGUGAUUGCCAAAGUUUUCCAGUGUGUGUGCCGCUGGGAUACUUCUGGUAUGCUUUAGGUAAUUUGGACUUGUGGCAAACAUUUAGAUCAUUUGAUCAUGUUCGGGAAGGAGGGAAAAUCUUCAAAAUGCCAAGGCAGCUUUUCAUGAAUCACCUAACACAUCAUUCAGUAUUCCAGUUUACAGAAAACAUCUUUUCUUUUUUAAAUGACACAGUUGUUCCCACUUGCAAUAUAAUCCUUUGCUGUUUUUAUUUUUUGUUUUUUGUUUCAUUUUGUUUGUUGUUGGGGUUUUUUUGGUUUCUACUAUGCCUUAUAGAGCAGACGUUUGUGCCUCUAAUAUGAAGCUGAGGGCAAAAAACAACAAAACAAAAACCCUUUCAACUUUGCCAAAACAAUGUGAUUUUGUUGAAUGUCGUAGCUUGGGGAGGAGGGAAAGAAAACCUCUUGGAAACUUGUGUAUACUAGAAGUUCACUAGCACAAGAAAGCUGUAAUAUGUGUUUUACAAAAACCAUAAACUUGCCUUUUUCACAAAUUAACUGGCACUGUCCUGAGGUAGAGGAUAAGUAUAGCUAUAAGGGCAGUUUUACUUUUUAUAAUUAAGACUAUUUUGAUUGUCAAGGUGUAUGAACUGUAAUUUUAAUCAUACUGCCACAUGAUUGUAAACCAUAAUUUUUUUUAAGUUUGAAAGUUGAGAAGAGACGUUUUAUGCUGGAUAUCAGUCAGAAUUGACUGUGUGAUUUGCAAAAACUUUAAAUGGGGGGUAAAGGGCUGCAUAUUAAGAUACUGCUAAACUCCCAGCUUUUGGUUGUAAGAUGUAAAUGACCUUCAAAGUACUCACUGUCAUGACCCCUUCCCUUGUUUUGCAUUCCUCACAAAAGAUUGAAAUAAUAGGAAAACACAAAAACAUGUUAACCCACUCGAAGAAAAUAAAAUGUACCCAAA